UUUUGGAGGAAGUCAGAUUUUAUAUCACCGUCCCAAGGCAAACUUUUGGCGGUGUUUGAACAGUUGUUGAGAAGAGAGACUUCCGCGAGGUUUAUGGCCCCUAUAAUGGGGUUGAGUUUGUAAGCCAGGUGUCGCUCCGCUCCAGGCCGGGGUUUCCAGCGCGCCUCUGCAGUGAGACAGACACGCAGCCGGUGUACUCGACGCGCAAACCGUCUCUCUGCUCCGGGAUCGCGGGGCGCUUUCCGCAGUACCAAACGAGUGGAAUUUCCUUAAGUUUUCAGAAAAGGCGCUCUCAUUGAGCUGAGUGUGCGGCGGGUCCCGUCUCGGUAUAGCAAACGGGCGUUCAGAGGGAAACCGGUCGGGCCAUCGCGACGACGAAAGGGCGCAUGGCUUUGAUUUAAACGCGCAUUCAUUGCGCUCUGCCCCAAACCGAGUGUUGCAUGGAGCGGGACAACUCCGGCUGUUGAAAACGGCGAAAUGCUCAUUUUAAACGUGACCUGGGUGUUCGCUUGUCUCAGCUGUCCAUAUUCGUAGGCCUAAUGUGGUUUGGUUUCUGGACUGCGCGGAUCGGCGAUCUACCUGAGCGCGCGAUGAAAGUCUUUGUGCGUUGAUUUAGAGGUGACUUAGAGACCCUCGCUUUUUAUAGCGUCAAUAGAUCUGCUUGGACUUCUCCUCAAUCCAUGGAGCAUGAAUGGUGAAGGGUGGAGAGCAGCAGAUUGCUGAUGUCUGCGUGGCCUGCAUACUGUCUAGAUCCUCUUUACAAUCUAAACUAUUGUCUGGCAUCUGGAGACGCUCUUGAAUAACCAAAAUGGCUACUUCACUGUGGAAAUGUCCCCUGGUGCAUGGACUUGUGUUAACUGUGAUUUUCAUACAAUUUUCAGAAGCCUUCAGUCGUGCAGCGCUGCCGUUCGGUCUGGUGCGGAGAGAGCUGUCGUGUGAGGGUUACCCCAUCGAUCUGCGCUGCCCGGGAAGUGAUGUCAUCAUGAUCGAAACCGCCAACUACGGCCGCACAGACGACAAGAUAUGCGACGCAGACCCCUUCCAGAUGGAGAACAUUAACUGCUACCUCCCGGAUGCAUAUAAAAUCGUAUCUCAAAGGUGUAACAAUCGGACGCAGUGUGUUGUCAUCACUGGCUCGGACGUCUUUCCAGAUCCGUGUCCUGGGACAUACAAGUAUCUUGAGGUCCAGUAUGAAUGUGUGCCAUACAUUUUUAUUUGCCCUGGGACUCUGAAAGCGGUAGGAGAUCCAGCCUUUGUCUUUGAGGCGGAACAGCAAUCCGGAGCUUGGUGCAAAGACCCCCUGCAGGCGGGGGACAAGAUCUACUUCAUGCCGUGGACUCCGUACCGCACUGACACGCUCAUAGAGUAUGCCUCACUCGAUGACUUGCGAAGCGGCCGACAGACGACUACCUACAAACUUCCACACCGUGUUGACGGAACCGGAUUUGUGGCAUACGACGGGGCCAUCUUCUUCAACAAGGAACGCACGCGAAAUAUUGUCAAGUUUGACUUGCGGACUCGGAUAAAGAGCGGGGAGGCCAUAGUCGCAAAUGCCAACUACCACGACACCUCGCCGUAUCGCUGGGGCGGGAAAACGGACAUUGACUUGGCAGUUGACGAACGGGGACUGUGGGUUAUCUACGCUACAGAACAGAAUAACGGACGUAUCGUUCUCAGCCAGCUCAAUCCUUAUACUCUGCGCUUUGAGGUCACUUGGGAGACCGUCUACGACAAACGCUCGGCCUCCAAUGCCUUCAUGGUGUGCGGCAUACUUCACGUGGUCCGUUCCACCUAUGAGGAGAAUGAAAGCGAGGCCAGUAAGAGCCAAAUUGACUAUGUGUAUAACACCAAACUGGGGCAAGGGGAGUAUGUAAAUAUCCUCUUCCCUAACCAGUAUCAGUACAUCGCAGCUGUGGAUUACAACCCGAGGGAUAAUCAGCUAUACGUGUGGAAUAAUUUUUACAUUCUGCGAUACAAUCUGGAGUUUGGGCCACCCGAUCCAGAUGAAGUACCAACGGUCUCUGAUGACGUUACAUCAACGGUGCAGCCUAGAAGAUCCACACCUCCCAUCAGGACCACAGCUAUCAGCAUCACCCAGAGACAUGCGCUCAACAUCACCGUCACGCCUGACCCCAGCGCCGUCAGCCCGCCUCCCUCCAGCAGACGCUUCUGCGACGGUACGGAGAGGAGAGGAAUCUCCUGGCCGCAGACGCACCGAGGAGCAACGGUGGAGCGGCCGUGUCCUAAAGGAACUCGAGGAAUCGCUCUGUUCCUCUGCACGUCUGCCGACGGGACCUGGAGUCCCAAAGGUCCUGAUCUCAGUAACUGCACAUCCCACUGGGUGACACAGGUGGCACAGAAGAUCCGGAGUGGUGAGAACGCUGCGAAUCUGGCGAACGAGCUGGCGCGUCACACUCAGGGUCCCGUGUACGCGGGCGACGUCAGCUCCUCUGUGCGGCUCAUGGAGCAGCUGGUGGAUAUACUGGACGCUCAGCUGCAGGAGCUCAAACCCAACGAUAAAGACACGGCCGGACGGAGCUUCAACAAGCGUCAAAAAAGAGAGAGGACUUGCAGGGCCUAUAUGAAGGCCAUUGUGGACACGGUUGACAACCUCCUGAGGCCAGAAGCCCUUAAAUCCUGGGAGGACAUGAAUUCCACGGAGCAAACACAUGCUGCCACUAUGUUACUCGAUACCCUGGAGGAAGGAGCCUUUGUCCUUGCAGACAACCUGAUCGAGCCCGCAGUCGUCCGAGUGCCUGCCGAGAACAUCAUGUUGGACGUGUACGUGCUGAGCACCGAUGGCCAAAUUCAGGACUUCAGGUUUCCACAGACCAGCAAAAGAGGAGCCACGAUUCAGCUCUCAGCAAACAUGGUCAAACUAAACAGUAAAAAUGGUGUUGCCAAGUUGGUUUUUGUCCUGUAUAAGCACUUGGGGCAUUUCCUUAGUACGGAGAACGCCACGGUGAGGCUGAUGGGAGAGGGCGGAGUCAGAAACCACACCCUGACUGUCAACUCCCACAUCCUCUCCGCCUCCAUCAACAAAGAAUCCAACCGCGUGUUUGUGUCCGAACCACUCAUCUUCACUCUGGCGCAUUUGGAUACUGAGAACUACUUCAAUCCAAACUGCUCAUUUUGGAACUAUUCUGAGAGGAGCAUGACAGGAUACUGGUCAACACAAGGCUGCAAACUCCUCGCGACAAACAAGACUCACACCACUUGCUCCUGCAGUCACCUGACUAACUUUGCAAUCCUGAUGGCUCAUCGAGAUGCACAUGCGGGUGUGGGAAGCGUUCACGAGCUCCUGCUGACAGGUAUCACACGAAUGGGCAUCGCCGUUUCACUCGUCUGCCUUGCCAUUAGCAUCUUCACCUUCUGCUUCUUCCGCGGCCUCCAGAGUGAUCGCAACACCAUCCACAAGAACCUCUGCAUCAACCUCUUCAUCGCAGAGCUUCUGUUUCUUGUGGGCAUCAAUAUGACCGAACCUCCGAUUGUGUGCUCUGUGAUUGCUGGAGUUCUGCAUUUCUUCUUUCUUGCCGCAUUUGCCUGGAUGUGUUUGGAGGCCGUUCAGUUGUUCCUCAUGCUUGUGGAGGUCUUUGAGAGUGAAUUUUCCAGACGAAAAUACUAUUACGCAUCUGGCUACCUGUUCCCCUGUGUGGUGGUUGGCAUUUCAGCAGCCAUCGACUAUAAGAGCUAUGGGACGAGGAAAGCAUGUUGGUUGAGGGUUGAUAAUCAUUUCAUUUGGAGUUUCAUUGGCCCUGUUACGUUCAUCAUAAUGCUCAAUCUCAUCUUUCUGGUGGUGACUAUGUACAAGAUGGUAAAGCACUCAAUGUCUAUGAAACCUGAUUCCAGCCGACUGGAGAGCAUACGGUCCUGGGUGUUUGGUGCUUUUGCACUGCUGUGUCUGGUUUGCCUGACGUGGUCGUUCGGCCUGUUUUUCUUGAACGACUCUUCAGGAAUCAUGGCGUACCUCUUCACUAUCUUCAACACCUUACAAGGGCUGUUCAUCUUCAUCUUCCACUGUCUUCUGCAGAAGAAGGUGCGUAAAGAGUACAGCAAGUGUUUGCGGCAGUCUCAGUGCUGUACUAGUCUUCCCUCUGAAGGACCUCACGGCGUUAACAAACCCUCGGCCUCCAGGUCCACCGCUCGAUAUUCAUCUGCUACACAGAGCCGCAUCAGGAGGAUGUGGAACGACACUGUGAGGAAACAGUCAGAGUCAUCCUUCAUCUCCGGCGAUAUCAACAGCACUUCCACUCUAAACCAAGGAAUGAGCGGCAACUAUCUGCUAACUAACCCUCUCCUCGGGCCUCACGACACUAACAGCCGCUAUAACAACCUUCUCGCCGAAACCAUCGUCUGCAACACCCCUUCUCCUCCAGCUUUCCGCUCUCCAGGCCAGCACUCGCUAACCCACAGCCGUGAUGUCAGCACCAUGGACACGCUCCCUCUCAAUGACAACUUCAACAACAGCUACUCACAGCGAGAGGACAACUACGAGGACCCCGCGCUGUGCUGCCCGCCCGCUGACGCUCUGCGUCUGGAUGACGCUGCCUUUGAGAAGAUGAUCAUCUCCGAGCUGGUUCACAACAACCUGAGGCCUCGCCUGCCGCCGCAAAACCAAUCCAGCUCAAAAACCCAACCGGCGUCCAACAGCAGUCACCGGGGUCCGCAGGAGACCUUCGACGUGGGUGUCGGGAAUAGAAACCGGAGUGAAGAUGAUGCCACAGUUUCCGACACCUCCGCUUUACCGCCGUCCUCCAGCCACCCGGCGCUGGAGCUGCUUCUCCUUCACCCCAACGACCGGGAGGCCCUCGAGGCCCCGCUUUUGCCCCAACGAACUCACUCGCUCCUUUACAGCGCUCAAAAGGCCGCCAGGCGGCAGAAGGACAGCAGAAAGGCAGAAGAUGAUGAGGAAAGCGCGAAAGAGUUAGACGACGCACCCUCGCCGAAUAACAGGGACUCGCUGUAUACAAGCAUGCCCAAUCUCAGAGACUCUCAGUCCUCCGAAUCCCCCGACCUUGUCAGCGGACAGGACGACGGUUCUCCUUGCUCAUCCGCCCAAAGUGAAACUGAGGAACAGUGCUACAAGAGCUUGCCUGACCUGGGAGACGGGACUCAACCGCUUUCCUACUAUCAGAUCAGCCGCCGAGGCACUAGCGAGGGCUGUAUUGACCCCGGGCUACCCGAGGGCGAACCCGCUAGCGAUGGACAGAUGCAGCUAAUCACCAGCCUCUGAGCCAAGAAUGCACGCUUUCCUUCGUUUUCUUCUUUUGCUUCUCCCAUCCACAGACGACAGCAAGUCAACGGCACAAUGAAUUGUUUUUUAGUAACAGAACUCUGGUCAAACUCUUCUAUCGUACUGAUCGAACUGCUCGAAGUGAGCAGAAAGUGUCAAGACUGGCAUCAUCUACGUCUGCCAAAAGCUUUGUACUGUAUAUAAAAAAGAAACAUGCCAAUGUCUGAUUUUUGUAGGACUUUGAAAACUCUCCCAGCCAGUUCGCAGGUGAAUCUUCCCUUCUUGGAAAGACUGUGAUACAGGAAAUGAAAAGAAUGAAUUAAAAUCCCAGACUCAGGCCUUAUAUUUUCUCUAUUGCACAAAUAACUGUUGUAUGAAUGACAACUGAAGAAAAUCUAUUUUGCAGUACCAGGUGUAAAGAAAGCCAGUUCAACCCGAAAUCACCACAUCUCCACUUGAGAAUGAUGUGUUCAGUUAUGGAUUUUAUCAUGGAAGUUGUAUUUUGCCAACGUAAAUGUACAAAAAGGAGCUUCCUUAUUUUUUUAGAUUAACGGAAGUUGUGUCUUGCACAAAUUUGGAGUGAAUUGGACUAAUAUGUAAUUUGUUUUACUUAAAAAAAAAAAAAAGAAAUGCUUUGACUUUGUCAGGUAUCAAUAACAUUCAUAGGUGUCAACACGAUGUCUUAAGAACAUAUCUCAGUAUUUGGCACUAAAUCAGGGCUGUCCAAACUCGGUCCUGGAGGGCCAGUGUCCUGCAGAGUUUAGCUCCAACUU